CGGGACACAGCUGGCUCCUGCACUUGCGCUCCAGACCUCCACUUGACUACAAGUCUUACUUGCUCUUGUUCCCCGAUUGUUGCUAAACUCUCUGAAGAUGUCUACCCCGGAAGAGGCCCCGAUGUACUCCCCUUUCUUCGGCGUGAUGGGCGCCGCCUCCGCCAUGAUAUUUAGCGCCCUAGGUGCAGCAUAUGGCACUGCCAAGUCUGGAGUGGGUAUUUCUGCCAUGUCUGUAAUGCGACCUGAGCUCAUCAUGAAGUGCAUUAUUCCUGUGGUCAUGGCCGGUAUCAUUGCCAUCUACGGUCUGGUGGUGGCUGUACUAAUUGCUGGUAAACUAAAUCCAGCAGAUAAGGGCUACUCACUUUAUCAAGGAUUUGUGCAUAUGGGAGCUGGUUUAGCUGUUGGUCUCUCUGGUUUAGCAGCUGGGUUUGCUAUUGGAAUUGUUGGAGAUGCUGGCGUGAGGGGAACUGCACAGCAGCCUCGUUUGUUUGUCGGUAUGAUCCUCAUACUUAUUUUUGCUGAGGUACUUGGUCUGUAUGGUCUGAUUGUUGCCAUUUACCUCUACACCAAGACCUCUUCAUAAAUAAGAAAUAAUUGGCAAGUGUGGAGCCCCCUAGCCACCACUCCAGAUAUUAGUCCUCCAAUGAUCCAAACUUGAGUGUUAAGUGAACCAGCAUGUGUGGUUGUAUAUAUAAUACAAUACUGUACCUGUAAAUGUACUCUCAUUCUCUUAUU